UUUUUAAUGCAGAAAAAUACAAGAACAUUAAAAUUUUUUUCAUAUUCGUCUGUGUUUUUGUUUUUGUAUUAACGCUUAGAGAUAAAGGCUCUGAGGUUUUCUCUUGAUAAAAGGAUGAUGUCCCAUGAACCAGAAGGUAUCUUGAUAUUUUGUUGGGACUUAUUGCCUACUUGGCAACCCACUCCAGUAUUCUUGCCUGGAGAAUUCCAUGGACAGAGGAGCCUGGCGGGCGAGAGUCCAUGGGGUAGGAAAGAGAAUGACGUGACUGAGCGACUGACACGCACACUACCUACUUAGCAGAAGGAUAUGUGAAAACGGACAUAUUCGCUUUGGUAUUGAUUCCAUGUCUUCGGCAUUAAGGGUUGAUUAGGGUAUUGUUUUAAAUUUUCAAGAAAAAAAUGGGAACUCUUCUGUGGAUGGUAAGAAUCACAGGAAAUACAUGAAGUAACUUUGCAAAUACAAGGUGCUGCUUCUGGAUAUCCUCGGUUUACGGAAAUCAGUGAUUUAUUACUGGAGAAGAAGGUUCUGUGCAAAGGGGAGCCCCAGUGCUAAGAUCCUAAGCUCAGCAGACAGCAAAAGCAGUAGCGUGCAGAAGUAGCACCCGUGUCUCAGAGCAAGGAGGAACUUACAGAAGCAACGCGAAAGGACAAAGAUCGGUGAACUUUCUUCACCUGCCAGGCACAAUGUCUCGUCCUGCACACAGAAGACCAGAAUACCAUAAAAUAAAUAAAGAUCUCUUUGUCCUCACCUAUGGAGCUCUGGUUGCCCAACUCUGUAAAGAUUAUGAAAAAGAUGAAGAUGUGAAUAAAUAUUUAGAUACAAUGGGAUACGGUAUUGGAACACGGCUGGUAGAGGACUUUUUGGCUCGAUCAUGUGUGAGAAGAUGUCACAGUUAUUCAGAAAUUGCAGACAUAAUUGCCCAGGUUGCUUUCAAGAUGUACUUAGGAAUUACACCAAGUGUGACGUGUAACAACGCAAGCAGAAAUGAAUUUUCCCUGAUUCUAGACAAGAAUCCGCUGGUAGAGUUUGUGGAAGAGCUCCCCACGGGGCGGUCUUCUCUGUGCUACUGCAACUUACUCUGUGGGAUUAUCAGAGGGGCCCUGGAAAUGGUUCAUUUGGCGGCUGAUGUUACAUUCUUGCAAGAUAGACUAAAAGGCGACCGUGUGACAGAAAUAGGAAUAACAUUUCUGAAAAAGCUAGAUGAGAAAAAAUACAGACGGAAAAAAUGAAGAAAAGCAUGCAAAAUGCCACAGGCUGGCUGGCUGAGGAGUUAAUAUUAGCUAAAUAUAUAUAGCCAUAUAAAUUUUGAAUUUCUUAAGCAUGGGAUUUAAAAGGCUUAUAAAUCAGCCAGAAAUUUGAAAUGCAGGGCACUAAGAUUUAAAGCUGUUUUUUCUUUGCUUGUAAAUCACACAUUUUCAAUCUCAAGUCCACAAGAUUUCACAUACAAAUAACUCCUUGUAAGAUGGCAAGCAUGAGUUCUACAUAUUAUAUAGUCUAUUCUAAGAGAGUCUGUUUAUUUCAUUUACUUAAGGUAAUGAAAAAGAAGUAUACCACCUAUACAGUUGGUGUAUUUAUCUCUUCUUAUUGGAAAAAUGGAUGAAAUGAUAUAAGAUUCAGAAUAUAAAGAUAGUUUCUAGACAUGGUAUAUUGCAUUCUUUAUAGAAACAAUAUCAAUUGCUACAAUUUUCCAUAGUUUUGUAAAGCUGUAGAUAUAGACUAAAUAUCUAUAGCUAUAGACUUUUCUCAUAUAUUGGCUUGGCUUAUAGCUUCAGCCUACUGAAAUUACUACUGAUUUAUAAUUAUCAAGACAACCUAUUUAUUUGGAUGCUAACUCUGAAAUAUUUAAAAAUAACAUUUAAUUUUAAUUAAUUUAAUUUUUAGAUAGCUAGUACUAGCUAAAUUCCUUCCUUUUCAAACUCAUGAAAUAUUGCUGUUGACCAGGCCAGGAAAUAAGAUGAGAGAUAAAUAAUGUUCUUUGAGAAUACUUUCUUAUCUUCAGUUAGAAAUUUUGGUAUCAUUUUUAUAACCUAAAAAUUGAAUGAAGUAUAUACUGUGACCAGAACAUACUUAAAAUUCACAAUGUACUGGAUUAAAUAAAUGAUAAUCUUUACCAGACCAUAAGCAUAUAGCAGUCCAGAAUCUACUAGGCUCUGCAGAGAACUCAAAUGAUAAGUAAAAGUUACAGUUAGUGUGGCACCAACAGUUAAAGCUGGUGUAAAUGAUACAGUAGUGAUAGAGCUCAACUAGGUCUCAGGAACCUUAACAUACAGACUCAGUUCUGUUUCUAAUGCUCUUAGUGCCGCUGAGUGUUGAAACUGGUAGUGGCUUCAGGAUGAGGUUUGUUCUCCAUCCUUUUUUGUUUUCCUCACCCUGGAGAGGGAGACAGUUCUCUUGGCAUUGAAUUUAUGUUAUGAAAGGUGAUCCAUAUAACCAAGAGAGUGGCUUGUUUGUAUUCAAUUGUUGCUCCUUCCUAAAAAAUGAGAAUCUAGAAAGUGCCAUUCAAUAAAAUUAUGAGACACAUAUAUAAAUUUUCUAAUCAAAUUCUUUACAU